AUGUUUUCCAUGUUUAUCGUCACCUUUCUCUCCGCUAUUAUCCUGCUAUGUCUAUUUUCACCUGCAGUCAGAAGGUCUAUCAUGGCCGGUGACGACCUUCUUGAUGCUCACGAGGCAGGUUUAGCUCUCGUCGCGUCGCGCAAUCCAUUCAGAGAAUCAGGCCCUCCAGCGUGCAUGGCCAAACUUAUUAUGUUGAGGCAUAAAAUUCAGACAAGUACACGCAAACGUAGAUCCCCGAUGCCCACACGCCAAUCACGAAAUCUCGGACUUAUCCAGCCCACUCGCCCCCGGGCGUCAUGGGUUCGUUUUGGAAGAAACUUUGGAAACCAAUACCACUAA